AUGGGGACGCCGCUGGCGGCUCCCGGAUUGCUGCUGCUGCUGCUGCUGGCCGGCUCCGCGGGGCUCUGCCGGGCUCUGUUCUCCCUCCCGCUCCGCGUGUCCCACCCCGCCGCCCCCGCCGGCUCCCCGCCCGCCCCGGUGGUGCUGCGGCCGGCCAGCGGCAGCCGGCAGCAGGAUGCCCCGGGGGCUGCGGACGGCUUGGCCUUGGCCUCGGAUCCCGGCGGCACCCUCAACUUUUUGGCCAUGGUGGAGAACCUCCAGGGAGACUCCGGCCGCGGCUACUACCUGGAGAUGCUGAUCGGGACCCCGCCGCAGGCGUUAAAUAUUCUGGUUGACACUGGGAGCAGCAAUUUUGCUGUAGCAGGUGUGCCUGAUCCUGAUGUCACAUCCUACUUCGAUCCUGAGCUGUCAAGCACAUACAGAUCUCAAGGGGUGGAGGUGACAGUGAAGUACAGCCAAGGCAGCUGGACUGGAGUGCUGGGCACAGAUGUCAUCACCAUGCCCAAAGGACUCUAUGGCAGCUACACUAUCAACAUUGCCACCAUCCUGGAGUCAGAGAACUUCUUCCUGCCAGGGGUCAAGUGGCACGGGAUCCUGGGCCUUGCCUACGAUGCCUUAGCCAAGCCUUCCAGUUCUGUGGAGACAUUCUUUGAUUCCCUCGUGAGGCAGGCAAAGAUCCCCAACAUUUUCUCCCUGCAGAUGUGUGGUGCUGGACUCCCUGUUUCUGGAAGUGGUACCAACGGAGGUAGUCUUGUGCUGGGUGGAAUUGAGCCCAGCCUGUACACGGGGGACAUCUGGUACACACCCAUCAAGGAGGAGUGGUACUACCAGGUGGAAAUCCUCAAGCUGGAGGUGGGGGGACAGAACCUCCAGCUGGACUGCAGAGAGUACAAUGCUGAUAAAGCCAUAGUAGACAGUGGAACCACUCUGCUACGACUGCCAGAGAAAGUCUUCAGUGCUGUGGUGCAGGCAAUAGCUCGCACAUCCCUGAUACAAGAAUUCUCCUCUGAAUUCUGGACUGGCACACAGCUUGCAUGCUGGGAUAGAAGUGAAAAACCCUGGUCCUUAUUUCCCAAACUUUCCAUUUACCUGAGGGAUGAAAACUCCAGUAGGUCGUUUCGGAUCUCUAUCCUACCACAGCUUUACAUUCAGCCCAUCCUUGUGAUAGGGGAUAAUUUGCAGUGCUACAGAUUCGGCAUCUCCUCCUCCACAAACGCUCUGGUCAUUGGUGCUACAGUCAUGGAAGGAUUUUAUGUCAUCUUUGACAGAGCCCAGAGGAGAGUGGGCUUUGCAGUGAGUCCCUGUGCAGAAGUUGACGGCGCGCCCGUCUCCGAGAUCGAGGGCCCUUUCACCACAGCAGACGUGGCCAGCAACUGCGUCUCCAGCGUCUCCUUCCACGAGCCCGUGCUCUGGAUCGCCUCCUACGCCCUGAUGAGCCUGUGUGGGGCCAUCCUGCUGGUGCUGAUCGUGCUGCUGCUCGUCCCACCCCGCUGCCAGCACCGCUACACCGACAACGACGUGGUCAACGACGAGUCCUCCCUCGUGCGCCACCGCUGGAAGUGAGAGGCUGGAUCCCAAAAACAGACUCAAAAACGGGACCAAGGACAAAGAGCUCUGCCAAGGGGAAGAAGCCAAUGCCUCCUCAGUCCCUCCUACGUUCCUAAAACACGCUGUUGAAAUUCUCAGCAAAUCCCCUGCAUCGUGACUUUUAUAGCUUUAUUUUCUAACACCGGUUCUGAACCAAAGCACUGUUAACCACCUCUGAAGUGCUACGGUACUGGAUUUGCUACUGCAGUACAAGGAGCCUUUAUGCUCUCUACAGUACCUUCUUUAAAAAAAAAAUGGAAAAAAAAUUUUAAAAAAAGAUAAAAAGCCACACCAUGAUGUUCUUCCACUGUCUGAACAAAAUUGUCCAUCUCUCCUUCACAAAAAAAAAAAAGGAGGUGUCAGUAUUUCCUAACUAAUCGAGUCCUGACUGUAGAAAAAGAGAAAAAAAAUAAUAAUCUUUCUUAUUAAUUGCAUUAAAUGAAUACUGCUUUCUGUUUACAUCAGUUUUUUUUGAAACUGUGCUUAUGGUUUGGGGGAGGGAGGAAAGUCAGACUUAAGCAGCAGAGAAAAAGCAAGGGAGAUCCAGAAGAAAUGUUGGUUUGUGGUUUCUUUCCCUCAAGAUCACUGCUGCCACUUGAGAGGGUCACCCUCCCUGAGAGCUGUAACAAAAUAUAGUCCAAGGUGGUGAAAACUGGGAAACAAACUUGUUCAGCCUUAGAGUAAAACAAGACUACCUCUCUUAAUUUACAAGGAUGCUACCACUGGUGAGUGUGUGGAUUAGAACUGGUUUUGAAGCACAAAAGAUGCUCCAUACAACCAAAUGGAACUACUUGGCUUUGAAUUUUUUGGGAUUUUAUAAAAAUCAAUACUUCAUGACUUUCCACUUUGGUGCACCAAAAAAAAAAAAGAAACCGUUCAGUUUCCCCCUCUUGUGUGGGGUUUUUGUUGGUUUUUUUCUGAGUUUGAUCUUUAGAAAAGGCUGAUCUGCAUAUGUAUGGACAGACAAGACAGCAAGGUCUGUGUUCUGCUGUAUUUCUAGAGAGAGUGUAACAGAAAGAAAACAAAAUAAGAAUGACAACUUUUUGGUUUGUUUUAAUUUGGCUGAGCUCAGCAACCUAGAAAUUCAAAGGAGAAGCACCUAUCUUUAUGGACAGGCUGUGAAGUGAAAGUCUUUAUGCUGGCUUGUUUUUCAGCUUGAGGUGUUCAGUUUGGCAUCAAUCAAAUGAAAAGUGUGUGUGUGUCCUGCCUGAAAACAAACACGUGGUGGGACUGGAGACAAUAGUGGGAGAGAGCAGGGGAGGGUGUAUUGACCAGGCUUCCAUCCUGCAAGUGCGGAUCAUCAUGCUGAGGUAGGAAUGAGGUGUUUUCUUUGCAGAUAGGACAAUUUUUCUUUUCUCUAGUUUCAGGCUUCUCUGUAACACUGGCCUAAGUUUUUGUAUUGGAAAGAGUGCAAGGCUGAGGGGUUUUUUAUACAUUUUAAAAAAAGGAAAAAAUAUUCGUUUUCAUUUUGAUAGCAGACCAGUUUGCAUAUCUGUAUGGGAAAUGAGGAAAUUAAAAAAAAAAAAAAAGCUUAGCUCUGAAUUUCUCAAUCCCUUGCCUAGGGAUUUUUUUGCCCAAAAUCCCUUCAUAUAGCUCUGUGAUUCACACUGCCUCUGCAUCUGACUCUGCAUGGAAUAAGGAAAGAUUUUUAAUUUUUUUCAGGAAUGGUGCAUUUACAGAAGUGCACAUCAUGUGUGUGAAAAUAAAACACUGUGGGGUUGUUUUUUUUAACUACCUUAUGUCUUUCAUGUCAUAACUGGAAGUGCCUCUGAUUUUCUUUUCAAUUCUUGCACUUUCAGAUUGCUUGGCUCAGUGGAGUAAAAUAAUUGAUGCUGUGAUCCAACGUCUGAAAAUGAUUUCUAGUGGAAUUUGAAGUUGGAAACAGGAAGGAAUUUCGAGCUUGUCUCCUUCUUCCUCUGUCUCUUAGUUUCUAAGAGGAGAAAAAUUGUGAAUUACAUGAAAUAAGCCAUAGAGCUUAACUGUUUUCUCAGUGUUCUAUUUUCCAUAUCUCUUUAUUAAUAUCUUUUAAUUAAGAGUUCCACGUCGUCCUCCUGGCUUUGGUUUUACACGUAACAAAUAACUCCAGAGUUGUAUUCCUCCUUUUUCUACAGUAUGGCAAUAGAAGUUAUGCUUCUGUCACUUGUUUCAAACAGAAACACCAUAUGGAUUUUGGAUGGACAGUGUUAAACAAUAAACCCUCUUUCAAUUCAGAAAGUGAAAACAACUUGUAUGCUCUUAAAAAGUUUCAUCAUUGCUCCCUUCACCUCAGAACCUCCUAUGUCCUCACCACAAAGAAUUUUAGGAAGGAAUUUCUUGGGAAAGGUUCUGAAUAGGCUUUUUAAAGAGAUUUCUUCUGAGUUGAUGAACAAAUUUUUGUUGAAAAUCCCACCAAAUACCCUGCAUCGUGACUUUCUGGAUUUCAUAUAAAGAUUUAAGUAUUACCCUUUCCCUUUGAAUGUCCUUGGUCAAGAUAUUUGAAGGGAAACACUUGAAUUAAGAGGAGCAAUAAGCAAGUAGUAAUACUGAUAUAUUCUUGAGUUUUCCUGGCAUUCCUUCACACUAAAAAUGUGGCUUGUAGUAAAAAUGCUGCGAGUGACACCUGCGAGCAGCACAAACUUCAUCUGGGCUUGUAAAUUGAUAGUUACAGUGGCAGAAAUUCAGGUGAGCAUUGCUUUGUUGCUCUGGCAACAAGGAGAGCAAUGGAAACCCUUGAGGGUUCAUUUUUAGCCUACAACACAUUAAGAAAAAUAAUACUCUCGAGCAGUUUUGUGUGGAAGAUGAAACACAGUGAUAGACUACGCCAUAACCAAGUGUAGUCACUUGGUAACUCACAGUGAUCUCUUUGCCUGAUAUAUUUCAAAAAAAUAUAUAUGU